CACCAGCUGCCAGCAUGACUCCCGAAGACCUCCUGGCAUCGGCCGACUAUGAUUACCUACCGCUGCCCACCGCGACGGGCAGCCAGGAGCUCCUCUCUGGCUGGGAGGUCUUCUUCACCACUGUCUUCAUCCCUGUCCUCUACUCCUUCAUCUUCCUCCUGGGCCUGGCGGGGAACCUCUUCGUCAUCCUGCUGACGGCCAGGAGGAGAGCAGGCAGGAGGCUGCUGGAGACCUUGGUGCUGAACCUGGCGGUGGCCGACGCCGUCUUCGUCUGCACCUUGCCCCUCUGGGUGGCAGCAGGGGCCCGGGGCAACCGCUGGCUGCUGGGCGAAGGGCUCUGCAAGGUCAGCAGCUACGUGGUGGCCGUCAACCGCUGCUCCAGCAUCCUCUUCCUCACCGCCCUGGCCGUGGAGCGCUACCUGCUGAUGAGGAAGGUGAGGGACGCCAGGCUGCUGGGCGCCCGGCGGCACGUCCGCCUCGCCUGCGCUGCCAUCUGGGCAGCCUCCCUCCUGCUGGGCAGCCCGGCCCUGCUCUACAGGCAGCUGGAUGGGGAGGACUGCUGGGAUGAGGACGGAGAGGACUUCGGGCUGGCCAUGGUCUUCCUCAGCUUCCUGCUGCCCUCGGCGGUCAUCUCCUUCUGCUACUGCUCCAUCUGCUGCCGGCUGCGGCGCCGGCGCCGCCUGGGCAGGGGGGUGCGGCGCUCCCACCGCACCAUCGCCGCCAUCCUCGCAGCCUUCCUCUGCUCCUGGCUGCCCCUCAACGCCUGCAAGGUGCUGCUCUUCUUCCUCGCCAAGGGGACGCUGGUCCUGUCCCAGGGCCAGGAGGUGGCCCUGAGGUGGGUGGUGGCAGGCAGCACCUGCCUGGCCUUCGCCAACAGCUGCGUCAGCCCCCUCCUCUAUGCCCUGAUGGAAGGGCACUGCCAGCCCUGCUGCCCCUCGGGGACGGCUCCUCGCCUGCCAGCUCCUCCCUCCACCUCCUCCUCCAGCCUCCUCUUCAGUGCCCGCAUCUGGACCAAGACCUCCCCCGACCCCCAGCGCAGGAGCAGGACCAAGCCCCAGGCGGCGCCGGGGACCCCACGAGGUCCUCCCUUCCCCUCCCCACCGUCCCCCGGUGCCACCAGCCCCCCGUGGCCUCGGGCAGGGCUACGCGUCCCGCUGUGAUUCCCGAGGCAGGGUCUGGUCCCUGG